AUGCCGUAUUCGUACCACAGCCAUUCCGGGCAAUACUGUCACCAUGGUUAUGGCUUGCUAGAAGACGUUGUCAAGGAAGCAAUUCGCAAAGGUUUUCAUGCAUACGGCUUGAGCGAACAUAUGCCUCGUUUUGCCGACAGUGAGCUGUAUCCAGAAGAAAUAGAGGCAAAGUGUACACCAGCAACUUUAAACACGCAAUUUGAACAAUUCCACGCGCAUGCACGUCAACUCGUUAAAAAGUACAGUGGUCAAAUCGAUCUCAUUGUGGGUACUGAGAUUGAGUUUAUCCACACCCAAUAUGCAGAAUAUAUUCGCGAAAUACGCAGCAAGGUGGACUAUGUCGUUGGAUCUUUGCACCAUGUCGGCAGUGUACCAAUAGAUUUUUCGCCCGAACUCUACAAAGUUGCACUCGAACGAUAUGGUGAUAUUGCAUCCUUAUUCAGCGCUUACUUUGACGAACAGUACGAGAUGUUGGUACGCGUUCAGCCCGAGGUGGUGGGUCAUUUUGAUCUUGUCCGCAUCUUUGCUUCAUCUGAAGAACAGCAAACAUUGAGCCAGCCGGAUAUUUGGAACAAGGUCAAGCGAAAUAUCGACUACAUCGUUCGGUACGGCGGAAUAUUCGAAAUCAAUUCUAGAGCAUGGAAGAAGGGCCUACGAGAUGCAUACCCUUGCCGCGACGUUAUCAAGUACAUCCAAGAAAAAGGCGGCCACUUCACUUUAUCAGACGAUUGUCAUGGGCCUCAAGAUGUCGGGAUGCAUUAUGAUAAGCUCAAGAGUUACUUGAAAGAGACAGAUAUCGAGGUCAUUCACUAUCUGGCACGGGAAGGUGGCAGGAUUGUUGUGAGAGCUGAUGGAAACAUUUUGAAUGAUCCCUUUUGGGAUAACAUUGCAAAUUGGUAG